AUGCAGGACCAAACUGAAGGAGCUGAGAGGGGGGUCGGAAAGGCAGAUGGAGAGGGCUGCAGGAGACUUUUCUAGCAGCAUCUCUGGCCAUCUCAGUAACCUGCUGCUUACGGAAGUGUGAGGGCUCCUCCUGAGAAGCCGCCCCGGAAGGCUCUGUUCUGCGUCCUGGCCCUCGAGGCUCACUGCACGUGCCCCGGGGCAGCCAUGGAGACCUUCUGCGAGACGGUGCAGUUUUACCUGAGGCACCUGGAGGACAGCGUGUACCCCGUGAUGACUGAGGACCAGUUUGCACUGAAGCUGUUCCCCAUGUAUCGCUACUUCGUGACGGUGUGGCUGCGGAACAACACCCCAGAGGUGAAGCUGGGGGUCAUCAAGUCCCUGAAGCCCAUGCUGAACCUCCUCCUGCCCAGCGAUGCCCUGCGGGACCAGGUGUACGACUCCAUCCCUCUGCUGCUGGCGGGGUACCAGGGCAGCCUGGAGGCGCUCUUUAUCACGUGGGUGAGGGGCCUGGGCUGGGGGCUCAGGGACACUGGUCCUUGGAUGUAA